ACAAUUUAUAAUCUUUAUUCAUUAUUAAUUUUUAGUCCUUACGGCUGUAUUUUUAUAUUACAAUUUCGAGGGGAUUUAUAUUAUUUCAGUUUUAAAUAACUACAUAGAAAAUCGUUUCUAUUUGUGUUACUUAUAUAGUUACAAUGAAAGUUACCAGCGACAUUAUAUCUCGAAAAUGAUAAUUGUUUAAUAAUUUAAGUACGAACGUAUAAUUACUAGCCGGUACAUUGCAAAAUGUUACCAUUUAUGAUGAAGAUGUUAUUUUGGGUUGUGACAGCGUGUGCUGUUAGCGUUAAAGAUGCCCAUGCGCGCCGAGCGUACGAUAGAAUUUCUAGGGAUAAAGUGUAUUGGGAUGCUAGCGAAUGUGCUUUGUAUCACAAAUUGUGUUCGCAAUUAGACGAUAACUUCGCUCUCAUAUCGUGCGCACUCAACGCGUCGUAUAACAAGACGCAGAUCCCGUUUACUUGUCAACAAAAACUGUGGGCACAUCAAGUGGACCUCAUUGACAACUCAUUUCUAUAUAAGAAAUUAAGAGAACCAUGCAAGGAGGAUUCUGUAAUAUCGAAUUGUCUUGGCCCUACUGAUUACACUAUAGACUGCAUAUUAAAAAAGAAGCCAAGUGCUGUUGACAAAAAUUGUUAUAGAAUGAUAAAUAAAAUUGAAUCUCUUUUAUUUAAUGAUUGGCAAAUUACAGCUAAUUUUAUUAUGAAGUGUUAUACUGACGUGAAAGAUCAUAAUUGUGGUAGAAUAUCACCUGAUCCAAAAAGCUUGUCUCAGACGGAAACAUUGAAGUGCUUACAAAACUAUGAACAGUCACUUAGCUCUGACUGUCAAGCUGAAAUAACUGCUUUAAAUGAGAUGAAAUACAGCACUCUGCAGUUAGAUAAAAUUGUUUUCGCUGCAUGCAAUUUGGAACAAAAGAGUUUUUGUCCUGAUGAAAUUCCUGGCUCUUGGUUGAUGUACAAAUGCCUGCUGAGACAUAAAUAUGAGAAUGGUAUGAGGAAGAAAUGUCAGGACCAAUUAUUCUAUGAUCAAAGAAACAUAGCAAUGAACUAUAAAAUGAGUAGAGGUAUGGUAAAAUCCUGCAAGGAGGACAUAAGGAAAUAUCGUUGUAGAAAAGGAGUUGUUGAUGACAAAGACGUGAGACUUGCACAAAUUUUAUUAUGUUUAGAAAAUGUUUCAAGAAAUGAAAGCACAAAAAUUUCCCCAGAAUGCACUGCAGAAAUAAAUGAUCAUAGGAAAAUGUUGAUGGAUGAUUAUAGACUCUCACCGGAGUUAAUGCAAAAUUGUGCGAAUGAUAUAACUAUAUUGUGUAGAGGUAUUGAGGCUGGUGGAAAGACCAUACAUUGCUUGAUGGAUCAUGCUAGGCCAAGAAGGAAGAAAGAAAAGAGAAUAAGUAUGUUGUGUCAAAAAUCUUUAGAAAUUUUAGUACAAGAGGCAGAUCCUGGUGAAGAUUGGAGAGUUGAUCCCAUCUUACGGAAGGCAUGCAAGCCUGUAGUAGAUGCAGCCUGUAGAGAAGUCGAUGGUGGCAAUGGUAGAGUCAUGUCAUGUCUAAUGGAAAAAUUGGGAACUGAUUCAAUGAACACAGAAUGUGAAACAGCAUUAUUGCAAAUCCAGUACUUUGUGUCUCGUGACUUUAAACUAGAUCCUCAGUUGUAUAAAGCAUGUAAAUAUGAUGCUGUUACUGUUUGUAAGGCCAAACUCCAGUGGGCUGAUGCAAAUGAACAACAAUCCGAUAAAGACCCUUUGAUAUUCCCUUGUCUUUAUAAUUAUGCUUAUAAUUCUGAACUAAAAGGUAAAUUAAAACCUGCAUGUGAACAACAGGUUAAAAGAGUAAUGAGGCAAAGAGCUGUGAGUGUGGAUCUGUUACCAGAAAUAGAGGAUACUUGUAUGGAUGAUUUAGCUAACCUUUGCCUAGAUACCACAGGCAAAGGAGAGGAAAUAUCAUGUCUGCAGAGCAAAAUCAAAGAUCUAACACCCAAAUGUAAAGAAAUAGUCACUAAUUUUACUGAAACACAAAGUGAUCAUAUAGAAUUGAAUGCAGUUGUUAAUUUAAACUGCAGAGUUCCCAUAGAGAGGCUAUGCUCUUCUGAGCUCCAAAGUAAAAGAGAUGAAGAUGAUAUUAUGGAAUGCUUAAUUGCUCACAAAAAUGAACCAGAAAUAAAAUCUAAUUUGAAAUGCAGGGCUGCAAUUGAACAUGAACAGUUGAUUGCAUUAAAAAAUUAUAGAUUUACAAGGAAAUUUAAAAAUGCAUGUAAGUCAUAUGUAGUCAGAUUUUGUCCAAAAGCUCAAACUAAAGGUCAAGUUGUAGCAUGUUUAAGUGAAAUUGUUCGAAAUGAUACUAUUACCCGAAGAAAGCAUACAAUUGUCAAAGAAUGUCGACAACAGUUAAGAAGUCAGUUAUUCCAACAGAAAGAAAAUAUUGAUUUAGAUCCAGACCUAAAAGAAGCCUGCAAAUUCGACCUAGAUACAUACUGUUCUAUGAUUCCUCAUGGUGAAUCAGCAGCUUUGGAAUGCCUCCAAACAGCUAAAGGAAAAUUGACAGAUGGUUGCAGAAAAGCCUUAUUUGUAGUCAGGAAGCAAGAGUUCACAGACAGCGCCAUUGAUUAUCAUUUGAUGACAACUUGCAGUGAUAUGAUAGACUUAUAUUGUCAUAAAACAGAGCCAUCUAAAAUAUUUGAUUGUUUAAAGAGUCAUCGGCAAGAAAUCAACUUUGAAAAUAAGUGCAAAUUUGUUGUAGUGAACAGGAUGAUAGAACAAAACACAGAUUAUAGAUUUAACAUCAAUUUGAUAAAUGCUUGCAAAACUGAUAUUAGUAAAUUCUGUUCAGAUGUACUUGCUAGUCAGCCCCAGGAUGUUGAACUUCAAGGAAAAGUAUUAUAUUGCCUAAAAGAGAAGUUCAGGGAAUCCAAAUUAACGAAUACUUGCGAAAACGAAUUAGCGAAUAUACUUAAGGAACAAGCUUUAAAUUAUCGAUUGGAUCCUCUCCUUGGAAAGUUAUGUAAAGCUGAAAUACAAACGAUUUGUGCAGCAAAAGAAGAUAUUACGACUGCGGAUGGAAAGGUAGAAGAAUGUCUUAAAAAUGCCCUUUUAAAUCGUAAAAUAGUCUCUGCGGAAUGCGCACGUGAAGUGGCUCAAAUAAUUGAAGAGGCUGAAGUGGACAUUGAAGCUGACCCGUUGCUAGAACGCGCAUGCGCAUUAGAUUUAUUAAAAUAUUGUAAAGAUCUCGAACAUGGUGCAGGAAGACGUCUCAAAUGUUUGAAAAUAAUUCUCAAUGAUGAUAGUAACAGAAAAUUAGAAGCACCCUGUGAAAAAGCUUUGUCAAGUAGAUUAGAGAUGUAUAAACAUGUUGCAGCGAUGAAUGUGAUUGAGAAUUUUGGUGAUAUGUAUGAUGAGAUUUCAACCUCUCCAUCAAAGAAAUACUUUUUAGUUGUAGGAAUAUCUAUAAUAGGUCUAAUUUUUAUAUUUGGUUUAUAUUGUGGUCGCAUGACUAAGAAAGCUAUGUAUGUUAAAAGGAAAUAGUAUACCAAUUAAAUAAUUUCAAAAAUA